AUGUCUUCCUUCACCAUGAAGCGCUGGCCUCUGGUCACGACCCUCCUCAUCCUUCUCUUCGGCCUCGUCGCCUCCGCAACCCCAAACAACCCUAGUGACCUGAUCGCGAUCACUUCCGUUGAGCGUCGCGCUCAGGGCCUUGAAGCCCGCGCCCCCAAGAGAGGCGGUGGAGGUGGCAGCAGCGGCGGCGGUGAUGAUGACGACGACGACGAUGAUGAUGAUGAUGCGCCUAGCAACCAGGACUUCCAGACCUGCCCUAACGGCGGCACAACCUGCAGCGAAUGCUUCGGCCCCGGCUACGUCUCCUGCAUCACCCCUUCGAACGUCUGCUACAACCCAUCGACCCAAACGCGCAGCAAGGUCUGCGCCGCACAAGACAUCUCCGGCGCGACUCAGCUCGCUGGCUCCCUCGGCCUCGGCGCGCUGGGAUUAGCGGUUGCUUUCCUGUAA